AUGGAAGAGGACAGCAGGAGGGUGGAAACGGUGCGGAUGGGGAGCAACCCGGGUGUACGGGCAUCGUCAUCAUGGUGGGCGUCGAGAGGAAGCAAUGCAUUCUGGUCGUCGGCGAGGGAGGAGGACGACGAGGAGGUGUUGCGAUGGGAGGCCAUAGAGAAGCUGCCCACCUACGACCGCAUGAGGAAAGGCAUCCUCACAGCAGUGGGCGCUGGCAUGCAGGAGGUGGACAUCCAGGGGCUCAGCAUGCAGGAAAGGAAAUGCCUCAUCCAGCGCCUCAUCCGUAUCCCCGAGGAGGACAACGAGAGGUUCCUUCUGAAGCUGCGAGAACGGAUGGAGCGAGUUGGGAUUCAGAACCCGACAAUAGAAGUGCGGUUUGAGCACUUGACCAUCCACACGGAGGUCUAUGUUGGCAAACAAGGAGUCCCAACAUUCACCAACUUCUUCUCCAACAAAGUCAUGGAUGCGCUGACUGCUUUGCACAUUAUCUCCAGUGGGAAGAGACCUAUCUCCAUCCUUCAUGACAUAAGUGGAAUCGUAAGACCGAACAGAAUGUCUUUGUUACUAGGUGCUCCUGGAUCUGGGAAAACGAGUCUACUUCUAACUUUGGCAGGGAAACUUGAUUCAACCCUAAAGGAAUCAGGAAGGGUGACUUAUAAUGGACAUGACAUGGACGAAUUUGUCCCCCAAAGUACAUCGGCAUACAUAGGGCAGCACGAUGUUCACAUAGGUGAAAUGACGGUCCGUGAAACAUUGACAUUCGCUGCAAGAUGUCAAGGAGUUGGAACACGUUAUGAUAUGCUUACUGAACUCUCAAGAAGGGAGAAACAAGCCAAAAUUAGGCCAGAUCCUGACAUUGAUGUUUACAUGAAGGCCAUCUCCCAGGAAGGACAAGAGAACUUCGUUACUGAUUACAUCCUCAAAAUUUUGGGUCUGGAUAUCUGUGCAGAUAUAAUGGUUGGAGACUCUAUGAUCAGAGGUAUCUCAGGGGGACAAAAGAAGCGUGUCACAAUUGGUGAGAUGCUUGUUGGGCCAGCUAAUACACUAUUCAUGGAUGAAAUCUCCACUGGUCUGGACAGUUCCACGACCUAUCAGAUCGUCAACUCUCUAAGGCAGUCGGUCCACAUCCUUGGUGGCACUGCACUCAUCUCAUUGCUUCAGCCUGCACCUGAAACAUAUGAGCUAUUCGAUGAUAUUAUUCUCCUUUCUGAGGGCCAAAUCGUGUACCAGGGUCCCCGAGAAAAUGUCAUUGAGUUUUUUGAGGCCACGGGUUUCAGAUGUCCUGAUAGGAAAGGUGUUGCAGAUUUCUUGCAAGAAGUUACUUCUAGGAAGGAUCAAUACCAGUACUGGUGUAGAAGAGAUGAGCCAUAUCGGUACGUCUCAGUAAAUGACUUCGUAGAGGCCUUCAAAGUAUUUCAUGUUGGGAAUGCAUUGGGAUUGGAGCUCCAAGUGCCCUUCGAUCGAACCAAGAACCACCCUGCUGCCCUCACAACAUCAAAGUUUGGUAUCAGCAGGAUGGAGCUUCUCAAGGCAUGCUUUUCUAGGGAGUGGCUACUGAUGAAGAGGAACUCAUUCAUUUACAUCAUCAAAGUAGUGCAGCUCAUGAUCCUAGGAACCAUUGCAAUGACGGUCUUCCUGCGCACAAAAAUGCAUCGACACAGUGUCGAAGAUGGAGUCAUCUUUCUAGGCGCGAUGUUCCUUGGCCUAGUUACACAUUUGUUCAAUGGUUUUGUUGAGGUUGCCAUGAGCAUUGCAAAGCUGCCAAUAUUUUAUAAGCAGAGAGAUCAUCUCUUCUAUCCAUCAUGGGCAUAUGCAUUGCCUACAUGGUUGCUCAAGAUCCCAAUAUCAUUCUUGGAAUGCGCUGUGUGGACUGGCAUGACUUACUAUGUCAUUGGUUUUGAUCCAAGCAUCGAAAGAUUCUUCCGUCAUUACCUACUGCUUGUACUAAUAAGCCAGAUGGCAUCUGGUCUUUUCCGGCUUCUUGCUGCAGUAGGAAGAGACAUGGUUGUUGCAGAGACGUUUGGCUCAUUUGCUCAGAUUGUCCUGCUGAUUCUUGGUGGAUUCUUGAUAGCAAGAAAUAACAUCAAGAAAUCGUGGAUUUGGGGUUACUGGUCCUCCCCUCUGAUAUAUGCCCAGAAUGCCAUAGCGGUGAAUGAGUUCCUUGGCAAUAGUUGGCAGGUGGUCGAUAAGACAGAAAACAAUGACACACUCGGUGUCCAAAUCCUAAAGGCACGCGGCAUUUUUGUAGACCCAAACUGGUACUGGAUUGGUGUUGGAGCAUUGCUUGGAUACAUCAUGAUCUUCAAUUUACUCUUUGUACUGUUCCUUGACUGGCUUGGCCCACUUAGAAAAGGCCAAACUAUUGUUUCUGAGGAGGAACUGAGAGAGAAGCAUGUAAACCGCACCGGUGAGAAUGUUGAACUGCUGCCUCUUGGAACAGACUGCCAGAAUUCACCAUCUGAUGGAAGUGGAGAAAUCACCAGAGCAGACACCAAGAAGAGAGGAAUGGUACUUCCAUUUACGCCAUUGACAAUCACCUUUGACAAUAUCAAAUACUCUGUGGACAUUCCUCAGGAAAUGAAAGACAAAGGUAUUACUGAAGACCGGCUACUACUGCUGAAGGGUGUAAGUGGAGCCUUCAGACCUGGAGCCCUUACGGCAUUGAUGGGAGUCAGCGGAGCGGGUAAGACGACUCUGUUGGAUGUGUUGGCAGGAAGGAAAACUAGUGGCUACAUUGAAGGAGAUAUUUACAUAUCUGGAUACCCAAAGAAGCAAGAGACCUUUGCUCGGAUCGCUGGUUACUGCGAGCAAAGUGAUAUCCACUCUCCACAUGUCACUGUUUAUGAAUCCUCCUCCUAUUCUCAGCAUGGCUCCGGUUGCCCCUGA